AUGGGAGCGCCCUCGACCGUCUGGGAUACGGCAAAAAUGGCCCUGAUGCUCCCACUAUUACCGGUGCAAGCCUCGCUCGGGAAUACAGGCUUACUGCCCACGCCCCCAAUGGGCUUCAAUAACUGGGCUCGCUUCCAAUGCGAUCUCAACGAGUCCCUCUUCACAGAGACCGCACAGUCAAUGCUAUCCCGUGGCCUCCGCGAUGCAGGUUAUAACCGCCUGAACCUGGACGACUGCUGGAUGCGCCACGACCGGGCUGCCGACGGCUCAUUGCAGUGGAACACCACCAAAUUCCCGCAAGGCAUUCCGUGGCUCGCCAGCUAUGCUACCAAGUACGGGUUCCACUUGGGUAUCUACGAAGACGCCGGCAACCAGACCUGUGGCGGGUUUCCCGGUUCGUACGGGUAUGAGAGGCUUGAUGUUGAGACCUUCGCUAGCUGGGGUAUCGACUACAUCAAGGUGGACGGGUGCAACGUCUGGGCAGAGGAUGAUCGGUCAUUACGUGACGAGUAUCGAGCUCGUUAUGGGAAGUGGAACGAGGUUUUGAGCGAGUUGCCAAGGCCAUUGAUCUUCUCUGAGUCUGCACCCGCUUAUUUUGCCGAUAAUGCUUCUGACUGGGCGGCUGUGAUGGAUUGGGUUCCGCGGAAUGGUGAGUUGGCGCGUCAUUCAACCGAUGUGCUUGUCUAUGUCGGCGAGGGCAGUGCCUGGGAUAGCAUUAUGAAUAACUACGACUACAAUACGCUUCUUGUCCGCUACCAGCGCCCGGGAUACUUCAACGAUCCGGAUUUCUUGAUCCCUGACCACCCGGGGCUGACGCAGACAGAGAAAGAAUCUCACUUCAGGCUUUGGGCUUCCUUCUCUGCCCCGCUGAUUAUCAGUGCUUAUAUUACUGAUCUGUCAGAUGAGGAUAUUGCAUAUCUUAGCAAUGAGGCUCUGAUCGCGGUGGAUCAGGACCCACUGGCUCAACAGGCUGCCUUGGUUAGUCGUGACGGCACCUUUGAUGUUUUGUCACGCUCCUUGGCAAAUGGUGAUAGACUCUUGACUGUUUUGAACCGUGGACCAGUCGCAGCCAGCACAACUAUCCCCCUCGAACGCCUUGGGCUAUCCCAGGUCGGUUGCGAGUAUCUCGCCCGAGAUCUCAUUACUGGGGAGGACGUCACUCUUCAAAAUGCAAUUGAAAUCAGGCUUGAUUCCCAUGCCACAAGCGUUCACCGUUUUGAGCUACCUGAAGGGUGUUCUGUGGUGACUCCUACUGGCAUGGUAUUCCAUACCCCGUCUGGUCUUUGUUUGACUGCUUCUGGGACCACCGUUGCUUUUGAACCAUGCGGGGGAUCUGACUCGCAGAUUUGGAACGUCUUGACCGAGACCAGUGGCAAGCUAACCAUAAGUGCUUUGUCGGAUAAAUCACUUUGUCUUUGCGCUCACGAAAGCCGAGUUUUGCUUGCAGGUUGUCGCAGUGUUGGCACUAAUUGGGAACAUUCUAUCACAGGGCAUUUGAGAAACACCGACGGGGGGUGUUUGACCAAGGUUUCGGGCAAAGUCACUAUUGGGGAUUGUGUGGUUGACAAUGCUGCGCAGAUACUUGGACUUCCCAGUGGUGUCCAUCUCACUGAUGGAUUGACUGGAUGA